UUUUAUCAAGCCUUUCUAUCAGAUAUUAAACUAAAUGUCAGUUUCAAGUUGAGACUUUCCUUAUUAUGACAGUUUGAAGUACAUCUAAAUUGAUAAAUUAUAAUAUCUACAUCAAAUUGGAUCUAUUAUGACAGAUUAGUAGCCUUGCCACUGUAAUGGCCACAUGAAAUCACAAAUGAAACUAGAUUGCAAACUAGACAGGGCUAAAUGGAUUGCAAUGGUACUUGCAGACAUCAAAAUGUCUAUCACUUCCUUGAUGCCCAAUAGACUUUCUGCCCCACCUCAGUUGGAGGGAUGAGUUGGUGGGUGGAUGCAUAUUUGUAGAGCUCAGUGUAUAACAUUUGUUUGCAGCAAUACUUUUCAGCCUCCCAAAAGUCCCAUUAGGCUGGUGAAGAGCAACUGAGAGGUAAUUUGUCUUCCCAGAAAUAAAUAGCUUGUGCCUACUACUGCACUUUAAGGCCUCUCCCCCUCCCCCCCAGCUCAUGUUAUCCAAAUUUCCGAUGUUUCCCAAGCCCUGCAAAGUUUUCUCUCCUUGUGACUUUAAACAUACAUAGGUACCUACAAUUGACAGACUAGGGAAAAGAAUUAUCAAUUUUGUCUACAAAGAUAUUUGACAAAAAUUAUCAACAUUAUGUCGCAAAAUUUGGCUUGUUUGUAAGGUUUUUUAAAAAUGUAAUCAUUUUUAUAAAUCUUUGUAAUUGGAAUUGUUUUGCAAACAGGCACUCAUUGAGGGUGCUGCCUUCUUUUUGACUUUUCUUUGUAGCUAUUAGCAUGCUGUAAAUAAAAAUUUCUGAGUGUUAAGAGAGAAGAUAAUUUGUAUCAAGUGACAGAAUAUUUAGCUGAUGAAGUAUUCUGUUUCAUGUUGUCCUGAAUAAUUUUAGUUCACCACUAAAGUCUUUGGAUUAUGGAUGCAUGCAACAUUUGGAUUUAAAUCGCUUCAAACAUAAAACAGCAUUUCUCAAGCCUUUUGGAAGAGUUUCAUCAUAAUAAGAUUUUUUAAAUAAUAUCUUGUGUUCAGAAUGGUUCGAAACAAUUUUUUUUUUUUUUGCAUACUUCAGCUUGGAAUCCCUUUCUAGCUAUUUGGUUACUAACAUAAAUCAAAAUCCUUGGGAUUAAAAUUUACUAAACAUUUUAGUUCUCAUAAUGGUAUAUGGACACUGCAUAGGUUAAUAGGAGUGUGUCAUUGAUGGUUAGGUGAUAAUCCAUGAUUUCUUUUAUCAUGACCUGGUUCACAACAUUAAGCUAAAAAGUAAGCUUUACUGACCACAGUAAUUGGGCUUACGCAUAACCUGAAACUAACUGGUGUAUUACACUAUGUAAACUCAGUCAAUCUUCAUUACUGUUAAAACAGUUAAUUUUUUACAAUUUGAUUUAUUUUUAAUAAGAUUUCUAGGUUGUCCAGCCCCAACAAUUUUGUUCAGGUUAACAAAUGCUAACAAUAUUUUUUUAAAAAAUGAGGAUAAUGCAAUUUAGAUGGUUCAACAAGUAAUUCUAUCCUCCAAUAAUGGAUAAACUACCACACCCAUUACCCUGACUCUAACUACAACCCUAAAGCCUGAGGAAGUGUAAUGUUUUUAAUGUACUAUUUUAAAGGCUGAUAAGGUGGAAUCAUAUGAAUCUUGAGGUGGGGAUGCACAGAAGGCCCACCUCCUGUAACUGAUGAAACUAGAAGUAGCCAACUGUAUCAGAUGUUAUAGGGUGGGCAGAAACCAUAGGACACAUAUGUCCCUUAAUUAGCUAUGCUCUAUGCCAGGGGUAUCAAACUGCCGGCUUGCAGGCUGGAUGCGUCAUGCCCAAAUUGCGCCCACUCCAUUGUCAGCAAUGGAAAAAAAGUCAUGAUACAUCGUGACACGUCAUGUCACGUGACGUUGCAAGUUUGACAUCCCUGCUCUAUGCCAUAGAGGGCUUUUAACACUGACAGUUGCUCCCUUAAAUUGUAUUCCGAAGCAAAGUGGAACCUGUGUAGUUCCUGAAGCAGGGGUAACCGUGGGUAUGGGUACAACCUGCCCAUUACUUCUCAUGCAGCUGUGGAAUCACUGGUAUCUUCCAAACGAUUAUCAAACCAACCCUUUUUACAGCGCAUUGCAAUAAGAAGGGUCUCCCAGUCAAAGAAAGGACACAACUGGUGAACAAGAUUAGUGUGAAAGACCCUCCUGAACACAGCUGCUACCUGCCUAUCAAGCACUGAGGGGCAAAGAUGGAAGAAUUUGCACUAGGAAUCUCAAAUAUCCACAACCAAUUUUGCUAGGGUUGAGGCUUGGUUUGUUUUUCCUCAUCCAAUCUUCAGAGCAAGUGCUGUAAAAGGUAUUGGGGUUUUGCUGUUGUUUCUUUUAAUCAGCAGGGAAAAAAACUACACAAAAUAGUAAAAAAUACAUAGAAGAAUAGAUGGGCUUAUGUUGCCUAGCAAAGUUAGGUAAAACACAAUCUAAUCUACAGGGAAAAAAUACAGAAGAGUAAUUGUGUUAGUACUAGUAUCUGGAAAGGUGUUCUCUUAAUUUGUUUUGACCCUAAAAUAAAGGCCUGGGUAAAAUACAAAAAUAAGAAAUGAUGAACUAGUACUAUCUGCCAAGCAGUCACAUAAAAGGGGUUAGCCGCACAUUAAACCAGCAAACAAUAUGCUGUGUUUGAAGACAAAAAUAUUGUGUGUUUUAUAGUGCCAUAUUUAGGGAGUUCCACUUGGUUCUAAUUCUAAGAUCUAAGUGUAAAGGUCCGUGCUUUGAGGAUAGACGGACAAUAUAAAUACAGCAAUGAAUGGAGCAGCUCAUAUAAUGUGGAAAAAUACCCAGAAGACAAUACUUGCUCAAGACUACUUUCAUAAUGUUUUCAGAAAAUUCGGUAGGUUCAUUUAAGAGUGCUAUCAGCAAAUAAUAACUUUUCGUUCAGCCAAUAAACAAUAACGGACCUUAAACGUAUUUUUGUAGUAGCAAAAAAGAAAAAAAAACAACUAAAUUUUACUUCGGAUGAAAAAGACAACCAGUGUGAUUACUAGCAGUGCAUAUCUAAACGUUCCGUGAGAAAGUUCUCUAAACUAGGUAAAGUCUUGCAGUCAAGAUAAAUACACCGACAAACCAUUAGCAGUAGAAGCAAUAUAUGAGUAAAGGUCGUGGCGCACACGCGUACCAAAAGCCUUUUUUUUUUUUUUUUCUUUCCGGGUGAUCAAUGAAUUCAGUUGCACGUAGGCCUCGCUCACGAUCUCGUUGACAUCAGAAACAGGAAAACAAGCAAACGUUUGAUCUUCGAAGGCUAAGUUAGUUGGGAAGACGGAGCAAUGCGGUUCAACGGGUGCAGCGGAACACGAGCGACGUGCAGCGGAUCAAGUGUCCGGCACUAGUCUUAAGUCAGCGCCUUCUGCAAGGCCGAGCAAUAGACCCGGCACAUUCUUAUUUAGAAAUCGACUUUCUCCCCAGUUUGGGGGAAAAAAAAUAAGCUUUCGCUUCUGCAUCGUAAAUUACGGAAAUCCUGUGAGCGUGCUUAAUUAAAAAUACUUUUAUUUUCCUCGAAAUAUCCAUUCUUACUUUUCCUCUCUCAGGCAUAGAUCUAUGAACAAAAAAGCAAGCUCUGUGAUUGGUUUGAGCGUCAGCUGUUUCCCUGCUCCCGCCUGAUUGGCUACACUGAUUCACUCGCUCUCCCAAUCCCACCAAUCAAGAAAAGGGGUGCCAAGUUUUGAUUGUCGCGGAGGGGAAGCUUCGAGCCCGGUACCGUCUCUCGCCGCUUUCCCGUAGUUACAUUUGAUUACACUGUUUUCUAAAUGUCUCUGCUAUUGAAUCUCUUACGGCAAUUGCUGGAAUAUUAUGGUGUGGUCCCAGAACCGGCCUUGCAAAGGUGUAAAUUUUAUCUCAAUGGCCUUGUUCGUAUGAUUGGAUCUCGUCUUUCUUCAAAUGCCUUUUCAAGAAGAUACUUCCAAGAAUUAUGUAUCAUUUCCAGGAAUUGUUUGAUAUCCUGGGUUUCAGAACGAAAAAGAUACGGAUCUACCCGAAGUUUUGUUCGUAGAUUGGGAGCAUGUCUUACAUUAAUUCCUUUUUCAAGACCUCACUUUCAGCUGGUCCAAAGUCUGAACUCUUUAGAAGAACAAUACAGCAUCGUUAAUUCUGUUCAGCUGUCUCUUGCCGAUGCCUUAUGGAUGGUAGAUGAAGACAGAAAUCCAUGCACUAAAUUCAGAUUUGAGGACUGGAGAGGGGUUGCCACUCCAUCUGUACUUUCUUUGCCAAUUACUCCAAAAGAAAAAAAUGAAAAAACAACUGUUGUGGGUGAAGAUGCAUUCCAAAAAAUUCAUGUUCUUGAAAAUGAAUUAGCACAUCUUCGUAAACAGAUUGCUGCAAUUUUGGCAGCAGAUAGGGCAGUAAAUGAUCAAUCCCGUUCAGAUACUGGGACUUUAUCAAACACUCCUAAUAAUUUUCUGCAGCCAGGAAUGUUUUCUACGCCAGCUCCUACUUCUCUUUGUAACGUAGUCAUACCUCCACCUCCACCACUGCCACCUUCAUUUGUGUUAAAAUCUGAUUUUGAUUCCCGUAAUUCGGCAGUUCAGCUUAUUAAACAACGUCGGGCUAUAAAGACUGAAAAGAUUAAAGACAAUGCUGAACAUCAGACAGUUAAAGUUAUUCCUGAUAUGAUGGAUGUUCUCAAGGAUAUAAAUAAUGUUAAACUCAGAGCUAUUGAGAAAUCUCCUGGAGGUACACCUCUACCCAAAAGAAAUAAAAUAAAGCAAUCUCAGUGGGAUCCAGCAGCUUUAAUAGCAGAAGCUCUUAAAGAGAAAUUUGCAUCACAAAGCAGUCGUGAUGAUUCAUUUGACAAAGAGAACAGUUCUUAUGGCACUUCACCAUUUUCUAGUCCAGAUACUCCAAUGGUUGACUAUCGCAUUUUGAAACCAAGCACGAAGCAGAGACUUAACAAAACUGAGAAACUAAUAAAUUCAUCAUCUUCAAAAUCAAAACUUCAUAUGUAGCCAUGAUGUUGAUCUUGUGGGACCAGCUAUGACUAUUAAGGACUCUUUUCUUUGAUUGCAUUGUACAAAUACUUACAAAUCUAAUUGUUCUGAAUUGUGCUAACAGAGUGUUUACAUGAAUUUUUUAUUGCAUUUUUUAUCAUCUAUAAAUCUACAGGUUUUUUGUAUCAGUUUUAUGAUAUUUAUGCAAAGUGUUAAGGCCAGUGAGUAAAUGUGUAAAAAGAUAGUAAUAUGGAAACAAAAUAUAGAGGGAAAAGUUACAUUUUAACCUAGUUUAAACAAAAAUACUAUAUUGUUAAAAAAAUGACACCUUCCUAAAAAGAUUAUGUUACUUCCUUGAUAUAUGGAAAGAAUCAUUUUAAGUUUCCCUAACUGAUGCUUAUACCAUUUGCUUCCUCUUGUGUACAAAUGAACUUUCUGCUGUUGUGAAUAUAGUGGAUGAUCAUGAAGAAACAAUGGGAUCUAUAUUGAUAUUUGACAUUUAUGAUACAAAUGUUACUAAUGUGACUUCUUAGUAUCUCUGUAAAUUUAUUUUCUGAAAUAGCUUUUUUAAUGUAUGUGCAGAUUGUUAUACUUUUUCACAGCUUAAAUGUAUCAAGUUUUACAGUUCUUGUGUGUUUGUCAAUGUUUAUGGAGGGCCAUAAGCUCUCAUUAAUAAUAAGCCCCUUGUCUUGUAAUGCCCAGAUGCUAAACAUAGGGGACUCAUCUAAAAUUAGUUCACACAUCUCCACAAAUAGCUAAAUCAGCUUUGUCUGAUCUGGUUCCAGAAGCAGUAGGCAGCAGUCACUGUGAAUCCCAAGAACUAAAAGUUGCCUAUUGUAAAUGUAUGUGUACCAUUUCUGCUGGUAUGUUCCUCAUUUUUAUAGUUAUUUGCAAUUUUCUUCUGUAUACAAUUUGAAAUUGUAUUGUUCCCGGCAGUGAUCCUUUCAACUGGAAAACUUUGAUAACAAGAAUAAAUCUAGCCUAAGAUAGUUGGUUUCCUUAUCAAAUAUGUAGGUGCUUCUUUCUGGGAGUAUAUUGACUCAUACUUCGCUGUUGUAUGUUGUUACAGGCUUUUUUCUUGGGUAGGAAAUAUUUCUGCACUUAUAUUUGCAGAGAUGUACAAUGAAAUUUUAGCAAUUAUUUGUAAUUUGCAUUGGGAUGUUUCAACUAAUAUAUUUAGGCACCUUCCUUAGUAGUUGAGUCUUUAAUUUAAUUUAAAGUGGCUUGCAUGUAGCUUUUUUAUUAAAAAAAAAAAAGGGCUGUGCCAAAUAGUUACCCUUACUAGAAGAAAACAUCUGAAACAGUGUAUGAUUUAUUCUGCUUAGUAGGCUAGUUUCUUAUUUUCCAGAGUGAUAACAUCAUAUAUACUGUAUCAAAUCUUCAGAACAUUGUCUUCUACCUGUAGAAAAAUGUGAACGCUCUUUCUUUCAGGAAGAGACAAUCUCUAAUUACUAUUACUAUGGAUCAUUGCACAGUCAGCCAGAUGUUCAGACUGGAUUUGGCAUUUUGUCUAACUAUCGAGUCCU